AUGACUUGCCCUCCAAGCCCCUCACCAGCCUCAUUGCUCUUCUGUGGACACAAUCCAGGACCUCAAUGUCUUUCUUGUACUGUGGCAACCAGAAACGUAUUUAAGGUGCAGUCUCACCAGUGCCAAGUACAAGGGCACAAUAACUUUCGUACUCCUGCUGGCCACACUAUUCCCGAUACUGGUGAGGAUGCUAAAAGAGAGUUCGAUGUGGAUAACUUGAGCAAGCCAGAAUUGCGAAUGCUUUUGAGUGUAAUGGAAGGAGAACUAGAAGCACGAGACCUUGUUAUUGAAGCCUUGCGGGCCCGGCGCAAAGAAGUUUUUAUCCAGGAACGAUAUGGAAGAUUUAAUCUGAGUGACCCAUUUCUGGCUCUUCAGAGAGACUUUGAGGCAGGUGCUGGUGAUAAAGAAAAGAAGCCAAUAUGCAUGAACCCUCUGUCCAUUUUAGAAGCUGUUAUGUCUCACUGCAGGAAAAUGCAAGAAAGAAUGGCAGCUCAGUUGGCUGCUGCUGAAAACAGACAAAAGAAGUUGGAAAUGGAAAAAUCUCAGUUACAGAAUCUUGAACUGGAGCACAAAAAGUUAUCUGCUCGUCUUGAGGAAGAACGUGGAAAGAAUAAGCAUGUAGUAUUGAUGUUAGUGAAAGAGUGUAAGCAGUUGUCUGGCCGAAUUGUAGAGGAAGCUCAGAAACUGGAAGAAAUGAUGUCAAAAUUUGAAGAGGAAAAGAAAAAGGCUACUGAGCUGGAGGAGUCUCUUGCAGCUGAGAAACAAAGGAGUACACAAAUGGAAGCUCAAAUGGAAAAGCAGCUGUCCGAGUUUGACACAGAGAGAGAGCAGUUGCGUGCCAAACUGCAUAGAGAGGAAGCGCACACCAGUGACCUCAGAGAAGAGAGAGAUAAAAUGAUCAAAAUGAUCGAGCAAUUAAAAAAGGAGAAUGAAAGUAAAGCUAAUCUCUCUCUUAAAAACAAAGAUAAAAAUAAAGAUGGGAGUCUUGUUUCUGUUUCUGUUGAAACAGAAGAACCAAGUUCAAGAACUGUUGCCUGCCAAACAGAUACUGUAGUGAUGGACAGUAGCACAGAAAGUGUUAAGAAGUUGCCUUUGACUGUAUCUGUAAAGCCUUCUACAGUGAACCCAGCAAUGUCUGGCAAUACAAAAAUGAAUGUGUGCCCCAAUGCAGCAUUUGUGAAGCCUGUCAUUGACAGGCAAGCUUCAUCUAGUGAACUUGUCCCUCCCACAACUCCUGUUCUUACACAGAAUCAAAACAGAAUUGAGGAAAAUGGACCAAGUACAGACUCAUCACCUGAUUUACCAAGUAGCACUUCCCCUUUUCUAAAUAGUACUUCCCUUUGCACUCCUGCAGCACCUGCUGUUGCAGCUCAGAAUUCCUCACUUACUUCAUCUAUGCAAAGUUUGCAUUCACCAUCUGCCAACACUGCUGGGCAUCCAGGCCUAAAUCCACGAGUCCAAGCAGCUAGAUUUAGAUUUCAAGCAAAUGCUAAUGAUCAAGACCAAAAUGGAAACACAACCCAAAGCCCUCCCUCAAGGGAUGUAUCCCCCACUAGUCGUGACAACCUAGCUGCCAAACAGGUAGCUCGGAAUACCGUUACCCAAGUCCUGUCAAGAUUUACCAGCCCUCAGAGCAGCGCUCCGUCGCGGCUGGGGACGUCGCAUUCCAUGGAAGCUGGCACUUACCCCCCAGUUGGUAAAAUGAAUUUAAAGACUUCUGGUGUGUCAAGAAUUGACAGAGGAAAUCCUCCACCUAUUCCUCCUAAAAAACCAGGGCUUUCGCAGACUCCUUCUCCACCACACCCACAGUUUAAAGCUUUAAUGGAUAGUAGUCGAUCCCCAAACACAAGUGCAAAAACUGACAGCAAAACCAUGACCUCACCUCUUUCAAGUUCACCACAAGGAAUCAGGGUAAUAAAUGAGGAAAUUAUUUCUAAGUCCUCACCUCAGCUGCCACCAAAACCUGCUAUAGAUUUAUCUGUGGCACCUGCAGGCUGUGCCAUACCAGCCAUAGCCUCAUCUCAGGUGGGUGCCUGGCCUUCCCACUUCCCUGGACUGAAUCAACCUGCAUGUUCAGAAAAUUCCUUUGUCAUUCCCACCACCAUUGCUUGUAGCUCCUCCAUAAACCCUGUUAGUGCUUCAUCCUGUAGACCAUGUGAUUCAGACAGCCUCCUGGUAACAGCAUCAGGCUGGUCUUCCUCCCUAACCCCUUUGUUAGCAAGUGGUGGUCCUGUCCCCCUGGGUGGCAGGCCCACCCUUCUUCACCAAGCUGCUGCCCAGGGAAAUGUCACUUUAUUAUCAAUGCUGCUUAAUGAAGAAGGACUGGACAUUAAUUACUCUUGUGAAGAUGGCUAUUCUGCCUUGUAUUCUGCUGCUACAAACGGACAUACAGAAUGUGUGAGGUUGCUGCUGACUGCAGAAGCACAAGUUGAUGCUGCUGAUAAAAAUAGCUUUACACCCUUGUGUUCAGCAGUUGCUCAGGGACAUGUCAAGUGUGCAGAAUUAUUAAUUAUGUAUCAGGCUGACAUUAACCAUGCUGCUGAAAGAGGACAGACACCUUUGUACCUGGCCUGUAAAAAUGGAAAUAAUGAUUGUAUUAAGCUAUUGUUGGAAGCUGGAGCAGAUCGAACCAUUAAAACCAGCGAUGGCUGGUCACCAGUUCAUGCAGCAGUGGAUUCUGGUAAUGUUGACGGUCUCAAGCUUCUUAUGUACUAUGGAGAGCCAAACAACAGAAACCCUUUCACUGAUGCAGAGCCUAAUUUAGACUACUUUGAUUUGGAGAAGAGAGAAGACAACUAUACCAGUAGAAUAAAGCCUGUUAUUUCUGCAGAUCUCCUCAACCAUGCCGACAAAGAGGGUUGGACUGCUGCCCACAUAGCAGCAUCAAAAGGCUUUAAGAACUGUCUAGAAAUCCUUUGUAGCCAUGGUGGACUAGAGGCUGAGAGAAAAGAUAAGUGUAAUCGAACAUUGCAUGAUGUUGCUACUGAUGAUUGCAAACAUCUCCUAGAAAACUUAAAUGCUCUUAAUAUACCUGUAAGGAUUUCUGUCAGUGGCAUUGAACCAGCCCAUUGUGGUGCAGAGGACUUUGAUACAGAAAACACAAUAUGUGCUUUAAAUAUCCGCAAACAGACAUCAUGGGAUGAUUUUUCAAAAGCCGUGAGUCAGGCAGUGACAAACCAUUUCCAAGCAAUCGCUUCUGAUGGAUGGAGGAGCCUAGAAGACCUGUCAUAUAAUAGUGCUGCAGAAUCCAGCAUUGGCCUCAGUGCAAGCAGUAUAUUGUCUGUCAAACUAGGAAGCAUUUCAUGGUCAACAGGUCAGAUUUUUUCUCAGCCACCGUGGGAUUUCUUGAAGAACAACAGAGCUGAGCAUAUCACAGUGUUUCUGUUUGGACCUCAAGAAGGCUGUCUAAAUAGUGUGACUUAUGCAUCUAUGAUCCACCUUCAGACACUUCAGAAUUACCUCCGCCUGGUUGAACAAUACCGUAACGUCAUUUUCCAUGGUCCAGAAGGAAGUUUGCAGGACUAUAUAGCGUAUCAGAUAGCAGCCUGCAUCAAGCAAAAGCAAGUGUCUGCAGGAUCCACAUGUGAAAUUGUUAAAGUUGAAAUGGAUGCUGGUUUCUCCAAGGAGCAGCUUGCAGAACUCUUCAUCAAUAGUGCUUGUCUGAUUCCAGUUAAACAGCCUCCUGUAAGCAAGACAGUCAUUGUGAUUUUAGAAAAUCUGGAGAGGAUUUCUUUGUCUGAAUUACUAGGAGAUUUUCUGGCACCUCUUGAGAAUCGGAGUUCGGAAAAUCCUUGCACUAUUCAAAGAGCAAAUGGAGUUUCUGGUGCUUUUUACUUUCACGAGAACUGCUUUUUACUGGGGACAAUUGCAAAAUGUCAUCUUCAUGGCUCUGACCUGCUGGUUCAGCAGCAUUUCCGCUGGGUUCAACUUAGGUGGGAUGGAGAACCAAUGCAUGGUUUGCUUCAAAGAUUUUUAAGAAGAAAAGUUAUAAACAAGUUCAGAGGCAAAGUACCUCCUCCAUGUGACCCUGUGUGCAAGAUCAUAGACUGGAUCCUCGCUGUUUGGCACCAGCUGAAUUCUUGCUUAUCACGUCUAGGAGCACCUGAGGCACUUAUGGGGCCAAAACAUUUCUUCUCUUGUCCUGUGGUGCCAGGGCACAGCCAAGCAACAGUGAAGUGGAUGUCCAAGUUAUGGAAUGCUGUGAUAGCUCCCAGAGUCCAGGAAGCAAUACUCUCCAGAGCCUCUGUAAAAAGACCAUCUGUACCAGGACAAGCAAUAUCCAAAAAAAGUCCUAGCCAAGGUCAACAGGCUGUUGUUAAAGCUGCUCUCAGUAUCUUGCUAAAUAAAGCUGUUUUGCAUGGCUGCCCUCUACCCAGAGCAGAGCUAGAUAAUUAUAUAGCAGAUUUUAAGGGAGGAAAUUUUCCUUUGUCUGUUGUUUCGAGCUACAAAAAUGGUAGUAAGAAAAGAGGUGAGAAUGCUUCUUGGAGAAAAGUGAGCACAAGUCCUCGCAAAAAGUCAGGCCAUUUAUCCUCCCAGGCAUGGAAUAAGCAGGAGACCAAUACUGAAGGUAUAAAAUCUAGGACUAUGUUGCAACCAAACUGUAAGAAAAGUGCUUCUCUCACCACAAAAUCUUCAGAGAAGGAUCAAUUGAGAACAUUAAAUAUAGAGCAAAGGCUGUCCCUUGGUUCUGAUGAUGAAGUAGAUCUUGUGCAGGAACUUCAAAGUAUGUGUUCCAGCAAAUCUGAGCCUGAUAUCAGUAAGAUUGCAGAUUCUAAGGACGAGUUGUUGACAUUCAGUGACUCCCAGAAUAAUUCUGCAUUCUCAGCCAAUGGUACUAACCCAAGUAAAACAGCAGCACAAAAGGAUGGGAUGCAUCCUCUCAGCAGCAGUCGAACUGUGGAAAGCAGCAACAGUAAAUCAAAGACAGAGUUGGGUGUUUCAAGGGUUAAAUCUUUUCUUCCUGUUCCUAGAAGUAAAGCCACCCAGCCUUCACAGAAUACUAAAAAAAGCAGCAGCAGUAAUACAAGGCAAAUAGAGGCAGACAAUAACACAAAAAGAGAGAUUUGGAAUUUGCACAAAAAAGAACAAAUAGAAAAACCUAAUAAAUAA